ACAGAUGUUGAAUUUCACAAUUUCCUGUGACUGGAUUAUGUUAUAUACCAUUACAACAGUGUCAGUUUAAAUCAGAGAAGGUUUAUUGAAGAAUUUACAUAAAAAACAAUGAUGAAUGGCCUUAGUGAUAAUCCAGAUUUAGAAGACAUGGAUCUUCAUUUAAAUCUUGAAUCACUGGAUACAGCCAAAUCACAUUCACAUUUUGAAAUGUCUGAUGAAUCAUCAGAAUGGGAAGAUGACCCUAUGAUGAUGAAUCUAGAAGUUAAAAAAGAAAAAUUACCUGAUGAACUUUCCUUAAAUUUAGAAGGAAUUGAUGGUGCUGAGGGAAGUGAAAAGCAACAUGGAGGACUUCUUCCUUAUGAAGAUGGUAUUGAUGUGGAUAGUGAUGAAGAAAAAGAAAUAAUGAAAGAAAUAAAGGAUGAGAUUCAAAAACAGAUCAGAGGGGAAAUGAAAUCUGAAUUGGAAUUGUACCAAGCCAAGGUGGCAGCCUUAGAAGCAGGUAGUUCUAGGGCAGAAGAGUCGGACAGGGAUACAGGUCAAGAUGACAUUGAUCCAAAAAUGAAAGAAGCCAUUUUGAAAAUGAGAAAGUUGGACAGAAUUCUGUCCAAAAAGAUAAAACGAGAGAGAGAAGUUAAGAAGGACAGAAUGGUAUUGGAAAGGAGGAUAAAGAAUGAAUUAGAAGCUAUCAACCAACAGAAUACUGAUGUCAAAUUAAACACAGAGAAAUUUCUGGCUCUAACACUGCCACCUAGUCACAAUGAAGGCAUUAAGUUAUCAGAUCUCCCAGAUGAGCCAGUAUUUGCCACACAACUAAAUGAACAGGAUUAUCCAAACCUGAAAAGUGGAGGUGCUAAGUCUAAAGUAAAUUCAAGUAGAAGUGAGGCUUCCCAGUCAGCUAAGAGUACAGAUAGAGAUGCGAUGUCAGCAAGUGAUACUACAUCUAUGAAUGGCAGCAUGAAAGGAUCAAAGAAACAUAAAAAGAAGAAAGAUUUUAUAAAAAGAAACAAAGAGCUUGCUGCAGAUGCAGAAAACCCAAUACCAAUGACCCAAGAAGAGAAAGAUCGUAUAGAUUCUCUUUUAGCUGACCUUGACCAAUUGCCAGAGAUAACAGAGGAUGAAGAUGUUGAUGAGUUCAGAAUUCCAAGAUUUGAGUUAGCAGUACAUUCUGGUGAAGGAUUUGUUCCAGAUGAUGAUGACCAGAAAUCUUUACGAAAUAUUGAAAGUAGGCUUAAGGAAAUAAUGCCACCAGAAGAUUUUGAAUCUGUCAUGCAUACACCUUCUACACCUCAGUCGUAUAAGUUAUUCACACCAGUAUCAAUUAAAUCUAACAUGGACAUAGAACAUUUUGGAGAGAAGGCUUUAUUAGAGUAUAAAGAUCAACGAGAACUGAGAGAAAGGCUGUUUGAUGUAGAUGAACAAUUAUCUAAUUUGAGUAAUCGGGAUGAAGAUGAGUUGUCAGAGAUUUCAGGAGUUCUACCAAGGUCUCAACUAAAUGACUUGUUAGAUCAAUGUGCUAGGUCAUUAUCUAGGACAUCAUAUUCUGACAUAUCUUCUAGAGUAUCAGAAGCUGAUUCAGAAUCAACAUUGUGUAACUCUUCUGAAUCUACACCCAGAACACCCAAAUCUUCCAGGGAAAUGCUGAUGGAAAAUCCACCUAAACUAUCGGGUGAUGUUUUACACAAACUGUUGACUGAUGCACAUACAGCCCUUCCUUCGAGACUGUCUACACUAAGAGAGGAGGAUGAAAAUGAUGACGAAAUUGAAAAAACUUUUGUUGAGGAUGUUUCUGCUCGAGUUGAACGAUGGCGGAAGAUAAGAGAAGAUAAUGAAAUCUAUAAUGAUGUUGAAUUGAGCAACGAAAUAUCAGGUGUUUUGUCUGAAGAGGCUGAAAGUGCUCGAACAGAAAGAUGGAAAAAAAUUCAAAAACUUUUGAUGAAUAUUGAAAGUGAAGACAAUGAAAAUGACAAUAGUCAAACAGACCGUCCAUAUACAGAACGUCCUUCUAAUGAACCUAGUCAACAAACAGAUACAAUACAAGAAUACAGUUCCAGAACAGUAGAAGAAACUAAUGGGUCAGAAACAGACAUUUAUCAACAAUGGGUUCCUAGUGAAAAUUAUUCAAAAGAAAAUUUAAAACCUAUUAAUUCAAUGAAUGAACCUUAUUUUCAAAGGAAGGCUCAAGUGCUAAAACAUGAUAAUUCUAGUUUGGAGAGAAGUGAUUCUGUUACUAGUGAUUCUAAAACUUCAUUUUUACCAGAAAUCAACCGAUCUGGUAGUCUUGUAUAUCAGGAUUACAGCAGAGCUUCUAGUGCUCAGAGUGGUAGAAGUUCUGCUUCUUCAGUUCGGACUAAUAUUUAUAAUACUAAACAUCAAGACUCUAUAGAGAUUAUGUCCAUAGAUGGGGAAUGUAUAACACCUAGGCCUCCUGAUUCGGAGAGGCCAUCAAGUAGUAAAUCACGGACAGUUACACCUCUGAAUAGGUGAUGAUAUAUAUCAGUAUUUAUAUACAUUCCAUUUUUAAUCUGUGAUCAAGUUUUUACAGAAUGUAAGAUUUAUAGAAGUGUCAUUGCUACAUGAAAAUAUCAUUUCUGUGCAUAAAAUGUAAUUAAAGUCAAAAGUGUUUUUAGGUUUUGCUGCUUUCUUUAAAGAGUUCAUUAGCAUUUAGCAACACCGUUUAAUCACAUUGUGAAGUUAAUUACUUUAUCAGGAUGAUAUUUAUUUGCUUAUUACCAUAAUUUGUUUGAUAGCAAUUAUAAAAGUCAAAAAUUACAAAUUAAUACAAAUUUGGAAAUCCUAACUUGAAAUUUAUACAUAUUUUACAGUAUUAUAUCAAAGCUAGCUUUUUUGAGUUUUUCUAAUGUUUUAUCCACAGAAAAUACUAAUAUAGUAUUUCUCUGAAAAUUACUUAAGUCUGUAGACAUACAAAUCAGGGAAAAUAUCAACAGUGAUUAUGUUUUUGUCUCGCCUUGACAGAGUGAAAAAGCGAGACAUAGAUAUGCUGUUUCAGGCGGCGGCAUCAACAAUGUAUUAGUUUAUGCUUAGGUUAGUUUAUGGGGAACCACUUGUGGUAGGUCAAAGAUGUUUGGGAUGCAGUUGUAUUAGCAUCGGCACAUCUCAUUUCCAUGGAGAUUGUUUGGCCCUGCCCCCGCAAUCAUGGUCUAUUGACUUUGAAAUUUUUGCUUACUUUACGUGUAUUAGUUGUGAUUAGGUCAGUUUAUGUGGAACCACUGGUGGUAGGUCAAUGAUGUUUGGUAUGCAUUUGUGUUAGCACUAGUACAUCUCAUUUCUAUGGAGAUUUUUAGGCCCUGUACCUUCAGUCAUGGUUCAUUGACUUUGAAUAUUUUGCUUUCAUGUAAAAGUAUUGCUAUUUCAAUUUCAACAUAUGAAUUUUGCUAUCAAAAUAACAAAAAGGCGAGACAUAUCUCUGUGUUAACUGUUUAUUUUUAAGUUUAAGAAAGUUGAAUGCAACAUUUUUACCAAAAAAAGAUUCUAGAUUUUCAUACAAUGAUAUUUCUUCUGAUAGAUUUUGAAGAAGCAAUCUAUGUUCAUUUCAAAAAUAUUACACAUUUUGAAUUUCCCACCAUUGCUCACACAGAAGGAAAUAAAGUUCACUAAAAUUAUCUUCUUAUUUCAUUUAAUAGAAAGAGGGAUAAAUUUUGUUCAGCAAUGGUAUUAGCCAAAAUGAUAAUCUGUUUAAAGGAAAAUAAAAGAAACACAGUGAUCCCAUAAAAUGCUGACACUUUUUGAAUCUGUAUUAUUAUGCAAUAUGCAGAAUAGUAUUUUUGCUAUAACAAUGUAUAAGACAGACAAAAUAUUCCUUACCCGAAAUUAUCAUGCAAUAAAAGUUUUCUGUUUUAAAACAUUCAAAUUUAAAUAAAAAUGUUUCACUCUCCAUCCAAAACACUAUAAAGUGCAUUUUUGCAUAAUAUCUUAAAAUAGUCUGUCACAAAUAGCAAUAACUUUGAAAAAACCAACAUAACUUACGGUUUGAAUGUGUAUAUGCCUUUUAAUGUAAUCCAAAGGUUUACAGAUUUAAUCUCAUUUGAAAGAAAAGUUUAGAGUAUCGGGUAUAUAAUUUCAUUAUGUGAUUUGAAAAUUUUCUUCAAAGCAAAGGAUAAUAUUUGCUUGGUAUAAAUGUACAAACAAAGUUUGCUUCCUCCAAUGUUUUGAUUGAUAUACAACAAAUAUAAACAAAUCGACAAUAUAUAAAUAUUGAGAUGUCAUAUUAUUGCUGAGACAUCUAUCAAAUAGUGAAAAUGAUGGUGAUACAUGUAUAAGCAACUUUAGCUCACCAUAUGACCUUCAACAAUUAGAAAAAACAAUACCUUAUAGUCAGCUAUAAAAGUCCUUUACAUGACAAAUGUGAACAAUUUAAAAUAGAAAACCAAUUGCCUGAUUUAUGACAAAACAAUAUUUAGAUUGUUGGGUUGCUGUCUUGUUAGCAUUUUACCCAGAUCUUUUGUACAAGUAUUGAUCAAUUUGAACAUGUUGUUGUAGGAGGUGAUUCUGAUAGGCUAGCUAGGAUGGUGCUAAAAAAUAAAUUUUUAAUGUAUGUAAAAUGAACUCUGAGAAAUACAAUUACAUGAUGAUAAUAAACAAGGUUGUUGGUUGAACAAAUGAGGCUACAAAGUAUUGAAUACAGAAUUUUGUUAUGAUAUGCUAUUAAUAUUAAACAUAAUUUCUUUAAAAGAGUAUGGAAUAAUUUAUGAGGAAAAAAUGUGAUUUAGUGUUAUACACUGGUUAAUACGACUUUUUUUAAUUGAGUAUUUAUUUCUGUAUAAUUUAUUAUGUUACCUAUAAGUUAAUGUUGGUUUUAUGUAAAGCCAAUUAAAAGAUUUAACCUAA